AUGGAAGCAAAUUGCUGUACGAUCUCGGAAUCAAUCUCAUUUACAACACCUGCUUCUUUCAGGGCCUUGGGCGUAACCAUGUGGGAAGUGUUCAGCUACGGAGAGCUACCGUUUGCGGAGUUGAACAACUUUGAGAUGGUCUCUUACGCCAUGGCAGGAAUGCGACCUCCGAUGCCAAAAUCAUGCCCAAAACCUAUUUACGAACUGAUGCAGCGAUGUUGGGCUACAGAUCCGGAGCAGCGAAUAACGCCCGAAGAGCUUCUAUUAGACCCGUGCCUCACUCCAACACUUACAGAAUUUCUCUGUGCUGUACCUGUUUAG